AUGCGCUGGGCAUGGCUCUGCCUGCUGCCACCGCUGGGGUCCGGGCAGCCUGGCGAGAACUCUUCCUACCAAGAGGUCAAGAAAACGUCCCUCAUCAGGUGGGUCAAGGCCGAAGGAUCGAACUGGGAUCCGUUUGUGGGUCGUCCGGCGCAGGUGGUAGCAGUUGCAGACCAUUUCCUUCUCGUCAACAUGGUAUGCAAUCUUGCCAGGACAGUGGAGUUCGCUGGCGGAUUCUUGCGCGUCGUGGGCUUGCCCGAGGAGGUGAAGCUCCCUGGCAACUUUGCAGCGCAGCAAGAGGCCAUCAAAGAGCGGAGUGCCAAGAAAGAGGGAUGGGAUGCAAGCGAUUUCUUCGGCUUCUUCGGCGAUGCUGCCUGGAGGGCCUUGAGGCGCAUCCAGUCCAACGAGACGGUCGCGAUGGUGGAUGCAUUCGAUGUCUCGUUUCAGCGCUCACUUGAAGACAUGGUGGCCAUCUACGAAGAGCUGGCGGCUCCUGCUGCAAAACGCACGGGAGCUUGGCCGGUAAUCCUCGGCGGCGAGAUGAAUUGUUAUCCGUUCCCACACAAUGGCAGUUUCCGCCUACCCAGGAGGAAGCCGGCGCACGGCAACCUGAACACGUCCUGGGUCUAUCGAAUUCCGCGCACGGCACACUUCGAGCUCAAGCCUGAGGCCAAAGCUGCCCGGGCUGCGAAGUACUAUCCUUCGAGAUCAAGGCCCUCGGGCACGAUCGGUGCUGCCGAGGUUUGCCAGGAGUGGCUUCGGCAACAUGCUGAUACCUUCGUAGCAGACCGGCAGCGGCACGUUUUUCCCUUCGUGAAUGGCGGGGCCCAAGUGGGACGCGCCUCUGCGAUGAAGAGGCUGUGGUGGCGGACGAGGACACUCUAUCGGCAAACUGGUGAGACGGACAGCCAAGCGCUGCUUCAGCUAGUCCUCCUGGAGCACCCUGAGCUUGGCAUGGUCGAUUUUUCGGGACGGCUCUUCCUGGCCCUGCAUGGCCACGGCACGGAAGACCUUGAGCGAGAGCUCUGCACGGACGAUUACUUCGUUCCACGUGGCCGCCAAAGUGCGGUUGCAGUCCCGGCUUACCUCCGACGUUUCAACAACCUCUACCCGCCGCCGCUCCGACGCCGCAGUGCCGACGAGCCUCCUGUGGCGCUGCAUUUCAACGGCAACGGAAAGCGUUUCCUUCGCCGGUGCUUGAACUUCUUUCGCCAACGGCUGCGAAUUGAUGGACCUCGAAUUGGGUGCUCAUUUUUCGACCAAGACUCUGAGAUGUGGUUUCGCUUUGGCUGA